GCGGAAAUGGAAUUUGUUCCAACACCGCUGGAAUUUGAUGUAUCCCCAAAUUUCGGAUUUCUUCCAGAGAGGGAACCUCUACAAUGCUUGCCAGAAUACUUCUCUCCAUGGGAAAAAUUAGCCAGAAAUUUACCUCAACUGGUUAAAGAGGGAGAAUUUUUUCGUCAGCAGAUCAAACAACUCCCUUUGUUGGACCAUAACAAACUUUCAUCAGAAGAUGAGUGGAAGAGAGCUCAAUUAGUUCUUACUUGCAUAUCCCAUGCAUAUGUAUGGUGCAAAGGAGAGAGGGGUGUUGCCAAGAUUCUUCCAAAGUCAUUGGCUGUUCCUUGGGUUUCAGUGGCUAAGCAUCUAGAUAUUCCUCCUGUGUUAACACACUCAACCUUUGCACUUUAUAAUUGGAGAUAUAUUGACCCCAAACGGCCUUUCAGCAUGGAAAACAUUGAGCUUUCAGUUAAUAUCACUGGAUCACAGACAGAAGAAGGGUUUCUUAAAGUUCCUCUUCAGAUGGAGGCAGAGUUUGGAAAAGGAUGCUUUAGCAUUACCAGUGGACAAAAGGCUGUUGUAAAUAAUGACACCGAAGGGGUGUUGAAAGCCUUGAUGUCAUUAAAAGAAACAAUAGUCCAGCUUAAGAAAUCAUUUUUACGUAUUUAUGAUGUUUGUGAUCCUGAGGAAUUUUACAAUGAACUGAGAAUAUAUCUUUCUGGGUGGCUUAACAACCCAGCUUUACCAGAUGGCCUUAUUUAUGAAGGUGUUAGUGAGAUGCCUCUGCAAUAUUCUGGAGGAAGUGCCGCAGAGUCUUCAAUAUUUCAUACUCUAGAUGCUGUAUUAGGUGUAUUACAUUCAAAAACAGAAUCAAGUUCAGGUGGUCAGUUUUUAGAAAGAAUGCAUUACUACAUGCCACCUAAACACCGUGCAUUUAUAGAGGCUGUGGCAAAAGGGCCAUCAAUCAGAAACUAUGUCCUUGCAAGUGGAGACCCUGAUCUCACUAGGGAGUAUGAUCUCUGUGUGGGAAAAUUAACAGACUUUAGGAAUGUGCAUUUGCAAGUUGUAGCCAGAUACAUCAUUAUUCCAUCAAACAGAGGAAAAGAUACAAAGCAGAAGGGAAAGGCCUUGAUUGGCACAGGAGGGUCCGAUCUUAUGUCCUUCCUGAAGCAGAUUCGAAAUGAAACUGCCAGAACUGUUAGUUGUAAUAACAACAUUGGAAGAGAUUCCUCUCUUGAAUUACAAAAGGAAUUAGAUGGAGUGUCAGAUAAUACACUAAUUAAUGAUGUGUGAUGAUGACUUGCAAGCUGACAAGUCUAUCCAGCUUUUUGAGUGGUAAGCCCUGACUAUGGGAGACCUCCACAACCAGGAUGUACUUCAAAUUCAAAGUCAAGACACUGACCAGACUUUUUUUUACCCUUUUUGAGUAAUGUUUUUGGAUAACAGAAUGCAAAUUAGUUUAUUGUGUUGUUGUUUUAUAUUUUAACAAGGAGAGAGGUGAAAUCUAGAGAGCAGAUUUUCAAUUUGAAAUUUCAUUUUUUCAUUUUCCUUCAUUUCAUUUUUUUCCAUAUCAUUUAAGUUUAAAUGACACUUUCAAGUUAAAAUUAGUUUGUAUGUAUCAAGGUAUUAUUAAGCUUUUUAUGAAAGAAAUGGUUUCAACUUGUUAAGCAAUCCUCAUACCGGCUGAAUUUUCAAAAAUUCCAAGCGAUUUUAGGCAAGAAUAAGAGGUACAACAGGCAGUAAAUUGUACAGGUUACCACCUGAAAAAAUAACACAUUGGAAGUAUGGGGAUAUUUAUAGGGGACAAAUUUCUAUCUGAGUGACCAAAAAAAUCCACUACCUCAAUUUUGAACAGUGACCAACAGUGACUAACUCGAAAGCUCAUUGGCUACUUUGGUCACUGUAUACAAUUAAAUAUUCUUUCUUCUAGUUAAUUUCUGUUUGUAUUUUUUCUAUAUCAUUGUAAAUCAUGUUAUGUUAAGUUACUUUUUUCUGUAAACAGUGUGAAAAAACAAAACUUGGAAAACUUGGAAACUUGAAAAUACUUCCACCAUUAAAAAAAAGACUUCAGUUCCUCAAACAGAGAAGACAAAUAUUUUAAUUUCAGUGCAUACUGCUCUGUAUAAAUAAGUUAAGUUAUGUUUAAACAACUGAAGAACUGAUCAUCCACAGUGCAAUAUACUAUUCCAUCUAUGUGGAAAUAUAUUUGAACAUCAAUGCACACAGCUGUGUAUACAUAAAUUAAGUUGUGUUAACAUAAAACACUGAGGGUGUAAUUGGAAGUAAUUUGUUACCUUAUAAUUGAAAAAUGCCAUUUGAAAAGAAAACAUUCGAUUUUGCACUUCAGACACUGAAGUGAAUUGAUCUCAUUGACAAAUGUCACAGACUGAAGUAAAUUUGAUUAUUGAAUUUACAUUUUACAAGAAUAAAUAGAAAUCUUUUCAUUUA